AUGCCUUUGUCAACUACUCAUUUUAACACUUCCGAGCGAAUAGAUCAUGAUACACCUGUGAAACUUUCUAAUAAAAAUGGCAUAAAAACAACCGAUAUUACUAAAAUUAAUCGAAAAAACCCGGUGUAUCAAUCACUUUUGGUAUUUAUAAUGGAUCCUUUUAAGCCUAAACUUGCCCUUGAAAAUCCUACCACAUCUAUCCCAUAUGACAUCGUUCUUUCUCAUGGUUUUGCCAACAACAAUUAUUGGAUUUCACCAUCUGCUGACAAAAUUCCUCGAAUCGAUGAAUCACAAGUUUCUCGAGAAGAAUUCAUAAAGAAAUAUGAGGCACCUGGUUUACCAGUCGUUAUUACCGGUUGUACAAAAGGCUGGGCUGCAGAAAUAAAAUGGAAUAAAGAGGAACUUCUGCGAAAUUAUGCCCGUCACAAAUUCAAAAUCGGUGAGGAUGACAAAGGAAAUCCCGUACGCAUGACUUUUAAAUAUUAUAUGUACUAUUUAGAAACAGAAGGGUUAAAAGAUGAUAGUCCAUUGUAUAUUUUUGAUUCGUCUUUUGGAAGGCGUGGGAAACCUAAGAAGGCCAGUUCUGAAAGAAAAAAUUUAAAUCCGAAAUAUAAGGAAUGCUUGUUGAAAGAUUACAAGGUUCCUACUUAUUUCGACGAUGAUCUCUUUCGUUUUACAGGCGAAAAUCGCAGGCCUCCAUACCGCUGGUUUGUACUUGGUGGAGAAAGAAGCGGAACUGGAAUUCAUGUUGACCCACUAGGAACUUCUGCGUGGAACACUUUGUUGGUUGGGCACAAACGCUGGUGCCUUUUUCCACCAUCCACACCUCGCAGAUUAAUUGAUCCAAAGCAGAAAGAUCAUGAAGCUGUAACUUGGUUUAGUUGCGUCCUUUCUAAGUUACUUGAAGUCCAUGAGGGGAAAAGCAAAAGCCUCGCUGAAGAAUACGGAAUGGUUGAAGUGUUACAAGGACCUGGUGAAACAAUGUUCGUACCAGGUGGAUGGCAUCACGUGAUUUUACAAUUGCCGUCACUCAGAAUUUCUGUUCACCAACUUCCAUUGAACAAGUUUGGUUACGCACUCGAAAUGCACGCCCUAAACUGGCUCAAAAACUUUUGUCCAAGAUCAUACGAUUGUCAACCAUUGGAGGAACAAGGCACAGUAAAAACUUUUACCGAAAUUUGUUCAACCGAUGACGAUGGUGACACUGAAGUAAGUGAAACAGAGAGCGAAGAAGACGGGGUAGAUGAACGAAAGGAAUUGGAGAAACGAAAAUACGAGAACAAUACUGAUGGAAUUCAUAAAAUGGAAGAAAAGGUGCCGAUUGAGGACGACAGGGACAAGAAAAGAAGGAGAGAAAUGUAA